CUCACUCUCUCACUGUUCAUUCUCUCUCUCUCUCUCUCUCUCUAUCUCUUUGUAUUUCACACACACACUCUCACAAAUAAAAAUCAAAUGCCACGAAAACAAAAUCCACUGAAAUUAAAUUUCCCACGAGACCAUUGAAAGCAACUUUGUUGUUGUGGUGCUGUUGGUGUUGGUGUGUGGGUGCUUUCAAAAUCAGAAUCUCUUUUCACACACCGAUACUUGUUCUUCUUCUUCUUUGAAGAACCCAAAAAAGCCUCUCUCUCUCUCUGUGAGAGAUUUUGUGUGUUUUUUAUUGGAUAAUUUUUUUGUAUGUGUAAUUUAGAUUUGGAGGCAGAGCAUUUGGGAAUAAUGCGGGAGAGCCAGCGAUUUUUGGUGGUUUUAAACCCGAUCGGAAAAUCGCCGGCGAUUUGAUGGAAUCGGAGCUCUUGGAGUUUGAGUUUUUCGCGAUAUUGAAACUUCAUGGAGGUAAUGAUUUGGUGUGGCACAUGUACGGUACCCAGAUUUCGAUUCCUUACCAAGCUUCGCUUCGCCAUCGUUAUUUACGAGAUUUUCUUGAUUUUGGUAUGGUUGGACGCUGCUAGUGGAAAAUUCCUAGAGCAUCAACAGCAAUGGCAAGGCCUAGAACGGGAAAACGAGGAAAACAUUGCAUCACACUCUUGUAUCCAUGACCAGAUAAUUGAACAGAGGCGGCGACCUGGUCUCAAGGUUUAUUCCGUUACCCCACAAGUUUAUAAGGAGUCAGAUACCUCAAAACCACUUCAUCAGAAAGGUAGGGCAUUGCUUGAACUUCCCAAAUCCCCUGUGAGGAAAAAGGAUGCGAAGCAGCCUAUUAGAAUAUAUUUAAAUUAUGAUGCCGUUGGCCACUCGCCAGACAGAGAUUGUCGACGUGUUGGUGAUGUUGUGAAGCUUGGUGAGCCUCCUGCGACUAUUCAUCCCAGGUCUCCUUCUUGCAAUCCUCAUGGUGAGCCUCCAAUUUUUGGUGACUGCUGGUAUAACUGCACCUUGGAUGAUAUUUCUGGGGAGGACAAAAAGCAUCGUCUUCGCAAGGCUUUGGGUCAGACAGCGGACUGGUUCAGGAGAGCCCUAUCUGUUGAGCCUGUGAAAGGGAAUCUGCGGUUAAGUGGAUAUUCUGCCUGUGGACAAGAUGGAGGAGUACAGCUUCCACGUGAAUAUGUUGAAGAUGGUGUUGCUGAUGCUGACUUGGUUCUUUUGGUGACUACAAGACCUACCACUGGCAACACUCUUGCGUGGGCAGUAGCAUGUGAACGUGAUCAAUGGGGCCGUGCUAUUGCUGGACAUGUGAAUGUUGCUCCUCGCCAUUUGACAGCUGAAGCAGAGACUUUACUUUCAGCCACUCUCAUACAUGAGGUUAUGCAUGUUCUUGGUUUUGAUCCCCAUGCCUUUGCUCAUUUUAGGGAUGAAAGGAAAAGACGACGUAGUCAGGUUACAGAACAAAUUAUGGAUGAAAAGCUUGGACGGAUAGCAACACGUGUGGUGCUUCCACGUGUUGUAAUGCACUCCCGAUAUCAUUAUGGGGCAUUUUCUGAGAAUUUUACUGGUUUAGAGCUAGAAGAUGGAGGAGGACGCGGCACAUCAGGAUCUCACUGGGAAAAAAGACUUCUGAUGAAUGAAAUUAUGACGGGUUCAGUGGAUACAAGAUCAGUAGUUUCAAAAAUGACACUUGCUUUAUUAGAAGAUAGUGGAUGGUACAAGGCUAAUUAUAGUAUGGCAGACCGUCUUGAUUGGGGUCGCAACCAAGGAACUGAAUUUGUCACCUCCCCUUGCAAUCUCUGGAAGGGGGCAUACCAUUGCAACACAACGCAGUUGUCAGGCUGUACAUAUAACAGGGAGGCAGAGGGUUACUGCCCUAUCGUAAGUUAUAGCGGAGAUCUCCCUCAGUGGGCUCGUUACUUUCCGCAGGCUAACAAAGGUGGGCAGUCCUCGUUGGCUGAUUAUUGUACGUACUUUGUUGCUUACUCUGAUGGAUCAUGUACAGACACUAACAGUGCACGAGCACCGGACAGAAUGCUGGGUGAAGUGCGGGGGGGUAACUCUAGGUGUAUGGCCUCGUCAUUAGUGCGUACAGGGUUUGUACGUGGUACUAUGACCCAAGGAAAUGGUUGUUAUCAGCACAGGUGCAGUAAUAACUCACUAGAGGUUGCCGUGGAUGGUAUGUGGAAAGUAUGUCCGGAAGCUGGUGGACCAAUUCAGUUCUUGGGCUUUAAUGGUGAAUUGAUCUGCCCUGCAUACCAUGAGCUAUGUAGUACAGGCCCAGUUGUUGGAUCUGGGCAUUGUCCCAAUUCGUGUACUUUCAAUGGAGACUGUGUUGAUGGAAGGUGUCAUUGCUUUCUAGGGUUUCAUGGUCACGAUUGUAGUCAACGAACCUGCCCAAGCAAUUGUAAUGGGCAUGGCAAAUGCCUCUUUAAUGGGGUUUGUAAAUGUGAAAACGGAUACACAGGCAUUGACUGCUCCACUGCCAUUUGCGAUGAACAAUGCAGCCUUCAUGGAGGGGUCUGUGAUAAUGGAGUCUGUGAAUUCCGUUGUUCAGACUAUGCAGGUUACACAUGCCAAAACAGCUCCAUGCUCUCCUCUAGUCUUUUAGUUUGUAAAAAUGUGCUCGAAAGUGAUAUAUCUGGACAGCACUGUGCACCUAGUGAACCAAGCAUACUGCAGCAGCUAGAGGAAGUCGUUGUGAAGCCCAACUACCACCGAUUGUUCCCUGGUGGUGCCAGGAAGUUAUUUAAUUUCAUUGGCAGCAGCUACUGUGAUGCAGCAGCUAAGCGCCUUGCGUGCUGGAUCUCAAUCCAGAAGUGUGACAAUGAUGGUGACGACAGGCUUCGUGUAUGCCAUUCUGCAUGUCAGUCGUAUAAUUUAGCAUGUGGAGCAUCACUUGACUGCUCAGACCAAACCCUCUUCAGUAGUGAGGAGGAAGGUGAGGGGCAGUGCACUGGCUCCGGGGAAAUGAAACUCUCAUUGGUUGAUCGUGUGCUCAGUAUUUUCUUUAUGAGUAACAAUUCCUGGAAAGGAACGUCUGUAAAAAAUAGGCAGCUUUAGUUUUUCUGUUUUCCCCUUCUUUUUUGGGUUAAUUUUUUGGUCGGUUGUUCAAUUUGGGCUUGUAAUUUUCUAGGGUUUAUUGUAGGAAAAAAAGGUUUCAUGUAAAAGUCACAAGCCUUAGGUGUAGUGUUUCCUUCCACUUCGCCCAAUAUUAUGAGAAAUUGGGUGGGAAGGUUGCUUGGGCUUUCAAAGCUGAAAGCCACUUGUAGAGAAAGUUUGAGGGUAAAAAAAUGGAAAAAGAAAAAGAGAAAAAAAGAAAGAAAGAAAGCUUUGUUGAGUGAACAGAGCUUUUUGGCCGAAGGCCAUGAAUGAAAGUAAAGAAAAAGCUUCAUGUUGUAUUGUUUU